AUGGAAAUUGAACAAAGAUCGCGAGACAGCGAUAACCAAACUGUCAACUAUCCAAUCUCAAUUUCAGAUCACUACACAGGACACAGGCACGUAGAGUAUGACUCGGAAGAAGACAAUUACUCAAGCACGUCUUCCGAAGUAGAUCUUCAAAAUAUCGGACAUGUUCCAGUAUCUCACCGACCGCCUAGCGUAUCUGAAGAUGGCAAACAUCAUUAUCAUCACAAGUUCAAGAAACAGCAUACAUCGGCGACGUAUUCCGCUGAAGGCACUCAACUUUUAGCUGACUUUCCUCAAGAUCAUACGUCGCUCAGCCAGGAAACCAGGGUGUCACUUGAUCGUCAGCAUGAUAUGCGUGACCGUGCAAGUCCACAAUCUGGAGAACAGCAGCAUAAAUUGGACAUUGAUCAAAGAUCGCAAGACAGCGGUAACCAAACUGUGAAUUGUCCAGUUUCAGUUUCAGGUCACUACGCAGGACUCGGGCACGUAACGAAUAUCUCGGAAAAAGGCAACUACCCAAUCACGUCUGUCGAAGUGGACCAUCACAGUAUCGGCCAUGUUCCAGUAUCUCCUCUAGCGCCGAGGAAGUCAUUCUCUGCUCAAUCCCGUCUAACAUCUCAUGAACUUACAUGUCCAGACGAGAAAGGUCUCAAGUGUAAGGUGUGUGAUAACACCUUCAGUGAGCGAUAUAGUCUGGUCUGUCAUGGUCGAGUUCACUCAGGAGAGAAACCCUUUCCGUGCACGUACUGCGCUAAAUCAUUCAGUGAGAAAUCCACCUGUACUGUUCAUGAACGCAUCCAUACAGGGAAGAGGCCGUUUAAAUGUGAUCAGUGUGACCAAGGUUCCAAAAGUUCUGGCCUUAGAGUUCAUAUUCGUACACAUACUGGAGAGAAACCUUUCAAGUGUAAACGAUGUGACAAGUCAUACAGGCAAUCCUCGCAUCUCAUUAACCAUCAACGCAUCCACACUGGAGAGAAACCAUUUUCUUGUGGGGAAUGUGGAAAGUCUUUCACAAAGAAAUUCAACCUAACACGUCAUGAACGAGGUGUUGAGCUACUAAAGGGUCCAUACUCCCAAGACACUACGGACAAGGAGUACGGGCAGUCGUGUGAGCCCUCGGUGGGCGAUUGGCUGGCCUCGGUGGCCGUUUGUGUGCCCUCGGCGGGCAAGAUGAUAUCGGCCCACGGUGGGCAGUUUGCUUGCCUCGGUGGCAAUUUGCGCACCCUCAAUGGGUUGUCUGCUGGUUUAGCCCUCGACGGGUGGUUUGCUGGCCGCGGCGGCCAUUUGAGCGCCCUCGGUGGGCAGUAUACUAGUUUACCCCUCGGCGGGCGGUUUGCUGGCCUCGGCGGCCAUGUGUGCGCCCUCGGUGGGCAGUAUGCUAGUUUAGCCCUCGGCGGGCGGUUUGCUGGCCUCGGCGGCCAUUUGCGCGCCCUCGGUGGGCAUGAGCGGUACGUUGUGCGGGUGUCUGCGUGUCAGAGCAUGGGUACACCAGUGGCGUGUGCGUGCAUGUGUGCGCUUGUGUCUGGCUGCAUGAGUGCACGAGUGCCCAAGCUGGGCGUGCGGACCAUGGCUGAUUGUAACUGGACAUCCGAGGGGAGUUACGCCUCUGGGAAACUCUCACCAUUGCCACCUUUAGUGAUAUGGACCAGCAGAAGGUCAGUUGUGUGUCCUCCACCGCAGACGACACCAUCCUAUGGUACACCUUAUCCAGCUCCUCACCGCGCACACUCCUUUAGUGGGAAUCAAGUAGCGACCUCGGAAGCCUCUUCUGCCUAUUGUACACUUCAGCAUACCUCCUUCAGUCCUUGGAACGUACCAUCAGUUGCCUCCAAUUUACCGCUAGUUCAUCCACCGCCGGACCUAACAGACCACGCAAGGGACCAUCGACUAGAGUGCCGAAGGAAGCAAGAUACAAAUCCUGCUGAGCUUUCAGCAACAGCUGUCGAAAAUCCAUGUGCGUUUCCCAUGACAUCGGCAAUGGAAAUUGAACAAAGAUCGCGAGAAAGCGAUAAUCAAACUGUGAACUAUCCAAUCUCAGUUUCAGAUCACUACACAGUACACGGGCACGUAGAGUAUGACUCGGAAGUACACAAUUACUCAAGCACGUCUUCCGAAGUAGAUCUUCAAAAUAUCGGACAUGUUCCAGUAUCUCACCGACCGUCUAGCUUAUCUGAGGAUGGCAAACAUUAUGAUCAUCAAAAGCUCAAGAAACAGCAUACAUCGGUGACGUAUUCCGCUGAAGACACUCAACUUCUAGCUGACUUUGCUCAAGAUCAUACGUCGCUCAGCCAGGAAACCGGGGUCACACUUGAUCGCCAGCAUGAUAUGCGUGAUCGUGCACAUUCACAGACUGGAGAACAGCCGCAUAAAUGUAGGUAUUGCAAAAAAUCAUUUUCUACUCAAUCGAGUCUAACAUCUCAUGAAUGUGUACAGCCAGAAAAGAAAACUUUCAAAUGUAAAUUGUGUGAUAAAACCUUCAGUACGCGAUACAAUCUUGUUAGUCAUGGACGAGUUCACUCAGGAGAGAAACCCUUUAGGUGUCAUUACUGCGCUAAAUCAUUCAGUGAGAAAUCAAGCUGUACUGUUCAUGAACGCAUCCACACCGGGAAGAAGCCGUUUAAGUGUGAUCAUUGUGACCAAAGUUUUUCCUACAGUUCCAGUCUUAGACGUCAUAAACGCACACAUACUGGAGAGAAGCCAUUCAAGUGUAACGAAUGUAAAAAGGCAUUUAUACAAUCGUCACAUCUCGCAGAUCAUCAACGCAUCCAUACCGGAGAGAAACCAUUCAAUUGUAAAGUAUGUGGAAAGACUUUCUCCCGGAAAUCCAGUUUAUCAAGACAUGAAAGUAUCCAUCCCAGAGAUUAACUGAUCAAGGAUUGUCAAAAGUCUCUUAAUUAAAAAAUACUUAGAAGACCAUGCAAACACUAACACAACAGUUUUCUUUUCAAGAUAAUGGAAGAUAUUAAUUAUAAAUGCAGGUCCGUUUUGAAAUGCAAGUAGCUCAAUCUGAACUGCAAAAUUCACUUCUUAUACGCUGACUUCUACAUUAAUUUUGUGGCAACACAAACAUUAUCAUUAUCACUGUUUCACAGGGUUCAAUUUUAAACCAUGUUACUCAAUUCACUUCUUACACAUAUUUCCACAUGCAAUGUUCUUAAAAAAAACUCAGUUUCGCUGAACACGCUGCUCGUUUUUGAUAAAAUCAGUACUUUUUGCAUCUCUAUUCUUUUGCACACAUGCAUGGUAUGGAUCCUUUCCCUAGAAGAGACGCUGUGCUGUUUUGAAGCUCGCACAUGUUGCUAAAUAUGUGUUGUACUUUUUAUCCUGUAUGUACCUUCAGUCCACUUGGCAUCGUGUUAUAGUCCUUUUCUAGUCCCUAGCAAAACUCUUAAAAUGUUGAACUCCA